CGCGCGAGGGCGACGAUGAGCGGGUGGGGGGUGGGCGGGAGCCUCCUGCGGGCAGGCCUGCUGCGGGGCCAGGUGGCCAUCGUCACCGGCGGCGGCACCGGCAUCGGGAAGGCCAUCGCCGCGGACCUCCUCCACCUCGGGUGUAACGUCAUCAUCGCCUCUCGUCAAUUCGACCGACUGAAAUCCGCGGCCGAAGAUCUGACUUCGAAAUUCUCGUCGGACGGCUCGGUCCGAGUCACCCCUGUGCAGUGUAAUAUCCGCAAAGAAGAAGAGGUGAACACCUUGGUCCAGACGACACUCUCCCUCCACGGCAAGAUCAACUUCCUGGUGAACAACGGAGGCGGCCAGUUCCUCAGUCCCGCCGCCAGCAUCACCGCCAAGGGCUGGCACGCGGUCGUCGAGACCAACCUCACCGGGACCUUCUACCUCUGCAAAGCAGUUUACAACGCCUGGAUGAAGGAUCACGGAGGGUCUAUCGUCAACAUCAUAGUCACGUUGCAGAGUGGAUUUGCUGGCGCCUUGCAUUCUGGAGCAGCAAGGGCGGGCGUUGCUAACAUGACCAAGACUUUAGCCUUGGAGUGGGCCGCCAGCGGAGUGAGGAUCAAUUGCGUGGCACCCGGGAUGAUUUUUUCUCAGACCGCCAUGGACAACUACAAAGAAAUAGGAAAAGAAUUGUUUGAAAGGAGUUUUUCCAAUUGCCCAGCCAAAAGAUUAGGAGUUCCUGAAGAGAUUUCUCCUCUGGUGUGCUUCCUCCUGUCUCCUGCUGCUUCCUAUAUUAGCGGACAGACGGUGAAUGUGGAUGGAGGAAGUAGCCUGUAUACACGUUCGUGGGAAAUACCAGAUCACGACAACUGGCCCGAGGGGCCGGGCGAUCUCAGCACCGUGAAGAAGAUGAAGGCUUCCUGGCGCUCGCAGUCCAAGCUGUAGAAGCCAGAUUCCCGCCGGUCCCUUUCCCGGGGUGGGAGGAAGGGGGCCCAGAGGCGGGCGGAGCCUUUAGGCCACGAUUCCCAAUCCUGAGGAAGCCACACGAUCUCCCGGUGCUCCCGGCUCCCGGCUUGACUCCCGAAGGGAGGCCUGCGACCCUUCCCGGGGCCGCGCUGCCUGAGGCCAUGUGGAUCGCUCCGGCGGCCUGAACGCGGCCCCUCAACCCGAGCCGCCCAUUCUGCACUCUCCCCGUCCCGCCUGGGGGCACCUCCUGGAGUCCACGGAGUUUUCCUUUCUUGGGGGUUUCCCGCUUCUGAUAAAUGAAGUGCUGAGACAGUC